AUGGUAGUCUACUCAUUCUACAUCUUCGAUCGUCACACCGAGUGCAUCUACACCAGACGUUGGAACCAACGGCCCCCAUCCGCCAGUAAACCUGUCCGGCCUCAGUCCGGCGCAAGCCUUACGAGCAAUGGUGACACGAUUCCCGGCGCACGGAAGGGCUUGUCGAGGGAGGACGACGCGAAGCUCAUCUUCGGGACCAUCUUUUCGCUACGAAAUAUGGUGAAGCGGCUCGGCGGCGAGGACGACGUUUUUAUAUCGUACCGCACUGGCGACUACAAGCUACACUACUACGAGACACCGACGCGGCUGAAGUUCGUCAUGCUCACCGAUACUAAGACGAACAAUCUACGCAUCGUCUUGCAGCAGAUUUGGGCGAACCUCUAUGUCGAGUUCGUGGUUAAAAACCCGCUGUCGCCAGUGGAACACCCGGGAGGGGUGGGGGUGGCUAAUGAGCUCUUCGAGAUGGGCCUGGACAGCUUCAUCACCCAAGUCUUCCCGUCCUGA